GAUUGCUAUAAUAUGCUUUUCUCUGCUAUUUGCAGCAUACUUCUCUGAGUCCUGAUGGUAAACUUCUUAUAAUUGUGGGAGACAACCCAGACGGGACGAUGGUGGACUCCCAAACUGGAAAGGAAGUAAAGCCAUUAUGUGGUCACUUGGAUUUCUCAUUUGCUUCAGCGUGGCACCCAAAUGGUGUCACUUUUGCUACUGGAAACCAGGACAAAACCUGCCGGGUUUGGGAUGUCCGAAAUCUAUCCAAGUCAGUUGCUAUUUUGAAAGGAAACCUUGGAGCCAUUCGUUCAAUCCGCUAUACUUCUGAUGGUCGGUUUAUGGCAAUAGCCGAGCCUGCUGACUUUGUGCAUGUGUAUGAUGUGAAAAGUGGGUAUGAGAAGGAGCAGGAGAUUGAUUUCUUUGGUGAGGUCUCUGGCAUAUCAUUCAGUCCGGACACAGAGUCUCUUUUUAUUGGAGUGUGGGAUCGUACUUAUGGUAGCCUCCUUGAGUAUGGUCGAUGCCGAAAUUUCGCAUACCUCGAUUCUCUAAUUUGAGUUGGACAAGAAACCUGAAAGUGUGUUGGUGUUGCUGAUUAGUUGCCUCAAUUGAAACUACUAGUACCAUAUCAUGUAGUUGGUUAGGGUGUAGUUGUACAUUUGAUAAGUUGUGCAAUUGUAGCUAGUUUUUGUUUUUAAUAUUUUCUUGUGACUGGAUUGGUCACAAAAGUGUGUCAAAGGGAGGGGAUGUACAGAUAACAGAGGGCUAGAGAAGGCAAUGCUUGUGCCAACAAGGGAAAAGAAAGAAUCGGUAUGUCUUGGGGGUGGAUGGCUGGUUGCUAUCCUUCUUGUAUCGUGGAUGUUUUUUUUUUUUUUUCCCUAACAUUUCUGGGAGGCUGUCCUGUGGAACUUACCAAUGAUCAUCACGGGUGUUUUCUGUCA